AUGGCUCAAUCAGGUUAUGGGUACGACCCAUUACAUGGCUACCAUCCACAGGCUCCAUAUGGGCAUCAGCCGUAUCCCCCAUACCCGGCUUCGAUUCACAGUUAUCCAAACGGCGCGGUGCAAAACAUUGUACAAAGCGAACCGGCCUCCAGAGAUCCGUAUAAUCCGCACAAUGUGAUUCCCGGAUUAGGCCUGAAUUUUUCGCAAAAUGCGGCACAGUGGCCAGCUCCCUGGGCAGGCCAGCAACAUUCGUUCGGGCAGGCGCCCCCUGCUACUGGAGGAAAUGGCCCUUCACAACAAAAUGAUAUGAGCGAGGAAGGAGAGGUCAGCGAAGGUGAAGUCGAGGACGCCUAUGAGCCAAGAGACGCUGAGGUUGUCGCCGACGUAUCAAAUCAACACGGAAAUGGGGGCUACUACUCAGCUGAGUACGGCAUUGCGCAUGUCAGAAGAGUCGCUGUUGACCCGUCAGCCGCUUUUUCUGCUGGUCGAGAUCGAUCAGGUUCAUAUUCCCCGUACCUAUCCCCCCAAGAAAUCGACCAUCAAGCGAUGACUGAUUCUCCUCAUGAAUCACAUUCGAACAAUAUUGCCCCUGCAAAACCAUCACAGCUGUCUCCCAAAACAAACGGACCGAACCAUACCGCAGCCAACCCAUCACCUGUCAAGAGCGUUGCUACGGCACGGAAACAGGCUCAGGAUGCCAUCUUGCGGCUUUGGCCAUUAAACGUACGAUAUCAAAAUUACGUUGAUGAGGGAAUCGACGAGUCGUUAUUAGGUGGCCUCUUUGACGAGCUGGGAUUCGAUAUGGCUCUGCCAGAUAACAUCACGACUACCGAUCCUAGCCAGGAAAAAAAGGCAAAGACAGAAACAAAAGAUGAGACUCUAUCCACCGGUAGCAACCAACGACAUCCCGGUGCUGAAGGGAAGCCUGCCAGCGCACCGGUGAAAGACAAGUCAGAGGAGCGCAAGGAUCGCAUUGCGCGACUCCUAGCUGCGAAAAGCUCAAAGCCAAGCACCUCUUCAACCUCGGCUUCAAUUCCUGCCCGUGCACCCGUCAUAGUACCAGCUUCAACGCCCUCUUCGCAUACGCCAGUUGCAAGACCCCAAGGCUCAGCAAAGACACAGUCUGAGAAAUCAAAGCUUUUAUAUCAGAAGAUGGAGGCUCUGCGGAAAGCUCGUGAGCUUGAGGCGCGAGGACAAAAGCGACCUCAUCAAGACGUUCUCUCUCGCCAAACCCACCAAGCAAAGGACAAUGUCACGACCACCGCUUCCUUCGAUACGUCCACCAGUGGCAUUCGAUCUGCCUCGCGGGAACAUACGCCGGGCCAAAGCGAAAGCCCCAAUGGACCGUUUUCCCUCCCCAUUCCUGGACUUUUUCUGUCCUCUACGCCACAGCCCUCGCACUUUGCACAAAUAUCGAAUUUGGAACGCCCAGCUUCUACGAGUGUGGUGGAUUCUAACCCGAGGCCAUUCAAACGUCCUUUCGGCCAGACCAGAAGAUCUCGUCCAUUCCUCAUUGAUGUCAGCGACGAUGAAGAUGAUACUGAAAUGGAUCUUGAUUCUCCUGAGCAGAAGGUGGUGUCGCUAGCUACGAGGCCAAAUCCAAACCUGAAGACUUCUAUUUCUAUGCGCAGCAUCCCAUCAGUUACAGACAACGCAGCUGCAGCACAGCAAUAUUCGAGCCCACUGGCAACACCGCCUGGCAGCGGCAAUGACAAUCAUGCAAGAAAUAACCUGGACAGCAUGACCAAGAAGAUUGAGGACAUGAAAAGAAGAAUCGCAGAGGCUGAGGCUCGUAAGAAGGCAAAGCAGUCGCAACCAGAUUCACCGGCUCUACCAACAUUGAAUGGUGAUUCUCUCAAUAGCAGUUUUGAGACAGCCAUUGCCAACAAGGAUACGAUUUUACCUGUAUCACUAUCUAUUGAACCUGGAGAAAUUUCUCAUUCAACGCCCUCAGUAUCGGGCCCAUCCCCCAGAGUGCCGCAUCAGUUAUUAGAUUCGAGUCCCCUGAGUGUAAACGAACGACGACGUAGUCGAUCGCGGGCGGCAAGCGAGCGUCUUCCCGCCAUCGAAGCUCGCCGUCGAGAGCAACAACUCAAGCUGCAACUGUUGCAGGCUCAAGUUGCAAACAUUCAACGCGAAAUUCAACAAAGCCUAGAAGAAGAAGAGAAAUUAAAGGAGGAUGUUGGCAUUGAGUCAGACAGUGAGCAAACGCAAGAGCGGCAAGAUGAAGCUCAGACUCCUUCUAAACCACCAAGUCCUUCUUCUCCGUUAACAGACAUAAUGGACAUUGCGAGCACAUCUCCUCAAAGCAAUAAUGCUUCUCAACAUGGCCGAGAGGCUUUCGUACAUCAAACCGAGGAAUCACGGGAAGAGCAACAGCCCGGUAUGCCCUUGAUGGCGCAGGCUGAGCAAAGUCUACCGACCGAUUCCCAAGCCGCUAAUGCUAUAACUGCAGUCGCUGAGAACGACAAUCAAGAGGCUAUCCAGAGCGCCCUGUCGACACACGACAGCAACACUACAACAGUAGUAGAUGAAGCGCAAGACGUGGCCAUGUCGGAAAGUGGCGAUUCCGACAAUGCAGACUCUGAAGACGGAUCUGACGACUACGAGCCUCCAGAUGUUGAAGUAUCUAGCUCCUCAAAGAAUCUUUCACGAGCGUCAACCCCAUUUAGUCCCGCACCGGCUGAUCUAGUUUCAAUCCCCGAAACGAGCCCCAGUGGCUUCCAAGAUCCAGAUCAUACGACAGAUGCUAUUGCCACGCAACAGAUAUCGACAGUUGAACAGGAUACGGCUUCUGAAAGUGGAAGAGAAGUAGACGUUGCCCUGCACGCGAACGACCGACCAUUAUAUCUAAUUGCUAAUCAGGUUGACCAAGUAAGUGAGGCACUGGCGGCUCCGGCCUCAGCUCCAGCCUCUGAUACCCUCCAGACCACUUUUGUACCGUAUGAAUCGCCCCUUCGAUACUUUCGCGCAUAUCGCUUCCAUCCAGAGUAUUCCCAAUCCGUCGCUGGCGGUCUUCGCUCUUUAACAUACAGCAAUAAAAUAGACGUGAAGCAGGAGAUGUGCCCUGAUGAGCUGGCAAAUAGCAAUUGUCCGAGGGGCAAAGAGUGCCAGUUUCAACAUUUCGAGAGCAUGCAAGCUCCGGAUGACCAAAUCCUCCUCCAGCUCGGCGCUCACGGCGACUUUGAGGAGCAGAAGAAACACGAGUACAUCAACGGGUUACGUCAUCUCUUGACAGACUUUCGCAACCGCAAAGUCAAGGAUUUCCAAACCAUCAGCCAGGGCAUUAUUGACUACCGAGCCCAAUUCCUCGGAGACAGGAGCAAGAUUCUCCCACUGGGCGGCGUUACGAUUUGA